CAAAACAAAAACACACAGACAGUUCGGCAGGGAGCUGAAGGGCAGUUUCUUGGAUCACAAGGUGAGGCUUUGACACGGCUACCCAAAAUGUGACUAAGCUUGUUGUCAUCUCAACACAACAAAUACCGACACAAAAUCGACGCAAACUAUGGAGGAUGUUGAGCGGGAAGCAAUAAAUGAAGAACUAAUCAAGUUUGCCAUCCGGGAGAGCAUUCAAGAUGCCUACAAGUUGCCAAGCUCAGUAGAUAAAAACAGGAAAAAGCAGAACAGUGAAGCCUUUGUGAAAAUAAUAGAAGCUAUUGAUGAAGGUGAUGUUGAUGCGCUGCAGGCACUGUCAUGCUGCGAGUCUACCUUCCAGGAGAGAGAUGGCAGGGGCUGGAUGCCUCUGCAUGCAGCAGCGGUGCAGCCACAUCCAGAGAUGCUGCAGGUUGUGCUGCAGGUACUGACAUCGGCUGACUUCACGCUAGAGGAGCAGACGGUGGAUGGAGACACGGCUCUGACACUGGCAGCUGAGGCCGACCGAGUGGCAAAUGUAAAGAUGCUGCUGCAGCACGGAGCUUCGCCACACAACACCAAUGGCAAAAAUGAAUCUCCUCUGCUUCUCGCAGUGAAGCAGCGCUCAUAUGAGAUGGUUUACACUCUCAUUAUGGGUGGGGCCUUUGUGGAGCAGGUGUGCCUCACUAAGUGGAGAGCCAUCCAAGAAGCUGCAAAGGUGGGCUGUCCUCGUAUUUUGAUGCUGCUGCUUCGACAUGGAGCCAACGUUUCAGCGAGAGACGGUCAUGGCGUCACACCUCUUGGAAUAGCGGCAGAGCAUGGAAAAGCAGAAGCUUUAGACAUACUCAUACAGCAUGGCGGUGAUGUAAACGCCCAGGCCAGCAAUGGGGACACCGUUCUUUAUGAUGCAUCUGGAUCAGGAAACCUGGACUGCAUCAAACUGCUUUUGCUGCAUGGAGCUAACCCAAAUGUGGCAAGCUACGCCUGUCAGCUCCCCAUCCACAGAGCUGCAUAUGAAGGACACAUACUAGCCCUGAGGACUCUCAUCCCCAUCACCACUCAGAGAGCGAUCCGUCUUUCAGGCCAGAGCCCGGUCCACUCUGCAGCUGACGGAGGUCAGGCUGAAUGUCUGGAGCUGCUUCUUCAGAAAGGUUAUAAUGUCAACGCCCUGCUGGAUGCACACGUCUCUGAAAACUAUGGGGACCUCAGGAAGACCCCUCUGUUCUUUGCUGUUUCCAACGGUGAUGUGACCUGUUCAGAGAUGCUGCUGGCAGCUGGAGCAAAAACCGACCUGGACCCUCUGCGGUGCAUUUUGGUUGCUGUACGUGCUGAGAGGUAUGAGCUGGUGCAGCUGCUGCUGUCGCGCGGAGCUGAGAUAAACUGUUAUUUUAGAGUGAUAAGCAACACAGUGUUCCCCACAGCCCUGCAGUACUGCAUCAGAGACCCAGCCAUGCUGCGACUGCUGCUCAACCACGGAUAUCACGCUCACAAGUGUUUUGAGUGUUGUCACAAGGGUUGUGAAGAUCUGGAUGGUGAGUGCAGUGAUCUCCAUAACCAAGUCUACUGCAUUUACAGUCAACCAAGUGUCAUUUCGUUUUGUGAGUUUGUGUCUGUGUCAUGGCUGACCCAUCUGGUGGGGAGCGUUGUGAAGAUGCUUCUGGACUAUGUCAGCCAAAUCCGCAUCUGCUUCAACCUCAGACGCCUUCUGGAGCGGACGCCAGAGUGGGAGGAGAUUUCCACCACACUCAGCAGCCCUCGCUCUCUUCAACACUUGUGUCGACUGGUGGUCCGAAGUCAAGUGAGCAUCAGGACGCUGAAUGACCCAGAAGCCAUGGCCGCUGCUCCCUUUCCUCCCAGGGUGACGAGCUACAUAACCUACAGAGAGCAGGACCCAUUCGUAUUCUAAUCCAAAGGAAAAACACUCACUAACAGCUACAAUGAAUUACAUUACUUACGGGUUAUACUAAUGCAUUCUGUGCUAUUUGAAUAAAAGCACGAGUUUCUGCACUUUUAGUGUGUGGAAAGACUAUAAAUGUAAAGAAUUGAUGGAUGCACCAAAAAGGCUUUAUUUAUGCAAGCAUUAAUUGUUAUUUUUUUAAUAAAUCAUUUUUUAGAAGCUACAUGUGUCAUUUUUGGACCUAAAUGUGCAGACAUGUUUAUCUAACAUCACUUCAGCAUCAGAAACUGUAUCCAUACAUGUAAUCUCAACAGCUUUUCCUAAUCAACAUAAUGUAAAUCAAUUAUUUUUUAUGCACAUAACUGAUAUGAUGACGAAAAUGUAUUAACUUUCAGUAAUUGGAGGCGAAUGUCAAAGAUUAUAAUACAUAAAUAAUCUGAUAUUAAAAUGCUGUUCAAUGAGGGGGAAAUGUGCAAACUGUACUCAAGUUGUAUUUUUCUAAUGUCAUGUGUAAGGAAUGGUAACAUGUUUAUUUCCCAUUUCUUCACCUUUAAUUUUGUGAGCAUUAAACAUUUUGUUUUGAUUGA